AGAACAGCGCCAGCCAAGAACCGUUAUCAGCUUGAGCAAUAACAAGCGAGGCUUCGAUGCUCUCGCUACGCAUACUUCAACCCUCCACUUCCAAUACAAAGAAGAUCAGUGCAGUUGCAUUGCCGGUUCGCGUCCGUCUCCUGUCCACGUGUGUGUUGUUGUGCAUCGAUUAUGCACUCGAUCGAUUUGUGAUACAAAGUGUGCUGUAAACUCUGUACUCUGUUACGGGGGAAAGUCAUUUUCAAUCCCGCAAACGCAAUGACUGGAACAGCGUCCGUGCUCUUUACGAUCACCAUACCCACCAAGGCGGAGGAGGAUCGCCUGAAAGAGGUGUUUGUGCAGGAGACACCCACACGCACCGCCAGCAGAGCGUCCACAAUCGAGAGCCUGUCCACCAUUAGGAUAGGGGAUUCUCCUUCUGAGGAAACGCCCAGGAACUCAAAGCAUAAGUCCCUAAAUCCCCCGCCCACUAUACAAAUUCAAACAACCGAUGGCGAUGAUCAGUGGCUCGACAUGCCCCUGGACACGGAUCAGGAACAGGUUCUCCGUCGGAUCCUACGCAAAUUUCACAUCCCCAAUGCCGUUUGGUUGCGCAGCUUGGAGGGUAAUGCCUUUCACGUCAGCUUCUCCAUGGAGUUCGACGAGCGCUAUGAAGAGCUUUACGAGGCCCUGCAGGAGUGGGGCAUCGGCGAUCGGGAGGGCUCCACGGUGUCUGUGGUCAGCUGCCUGGCUAAUAGGUGCUAUGCUCAGCGAGAGACACUCGAGGAGGAGGCAGAGGAUCAGCCCUCGAGCAGCGAGAAAAUCAACGCCCAGAAGCAGGGCAUUUGGAAUAAAUUCAUGAACUCUGUGCGCUCUCGCUUGAAUGUGGCCCAAAUAGUCCGAGAUGUGCGACAGGAUGCGGCCGUAACCUUUGACUUUUGUAUACUCCUCGUGUCGGCAGCAGUUCUGGCCAGCUUUGGUCUGGUGGAGAACAGCACCAUUUUUCUGGCCUCCAGCAUGCUGAUAUCCCCGCUAAUGGGUCCCAUUAUCGCCGCUAUAUUUGGAACUGUAAUCCAAGACAGAUCUCUCCGAAGAUUGGGCAUGUUGAACGAACUGAUUGGCAUCCUGACGGCCACCUUUGUGGGCUUUCUUUUCGGUCUGGUCGUCUGCACCACGGAUCGCAAGUACGGUAUUGGCGAGGGACUUACCGAGGAGAUGCUCUCGCGCUGUGACCUGCACUCCCUGAUUGUGGGAGUCUUUACGGCCAUUCCUUCGGGAGCAGCGGCUGCCAUAGGCAUCCUGGGUGGUAAUAUUGGCUCCUUGGUGGGUGUGGCCAUAUCCGCCUCCCUUCUGCCGCCGGCCGUUAACUCGGGUCUCCUCUGGGCUGUGGCUUGCAUCUACAAGUUCUUCGAGAACGACGACUCUCUGUAUGUGGAUGUGAUCAAGUCGCGUCGCUACUCGGACAACCAGGCUAAGGAGCUGGCCGUGCUGGGCAGCAUCAGUAUGUGCCUGACGCUCUCCAAUGUGCUGUGCGUCUACCUGAUGGGCAUCCUGGUGCUAAAGGUGAAGGAGAUCGCCCCGGUGAUUGGUCGCAAGAACAGGCAGUUCUGGAAGCACGACAUCAAGAUGGUGCGUCAUGGUAAAGUCGAAACCGAGGCUGAGAUCUUGGAUGAACUGCUGGCAAACUUGCCCACCGAGGACCAGCAGGCCUUGAACUCGAUUAACCGGCAGUUUCUUCGCCACCUGGACGAAACGGGCUACCAGCACACAUGGUCACCGCUGAGCAAUCGUCACAGCUUUUCAAUGCAGCAUCCCGGCGCCGGCUUUACCACCAUCCAUCGCCUGGAGCAGUUGUAUGCGUUAAGAAGGGAGCAGGGUCAGCUACCGGAGGAGCAGCGAAGGCAGCGUCACAGUGUGGUGAGCAGGCCCUCGCAACGGAGUCACGAUGUCACCAUCCAGCUGAGUCCACCACAACCUCGUCCCCGCUUCGCCAGCAUGCCCUCGAAGGCGGCCAAGGACGAACCACUCAGGGAAACUAUUAUCCAGGUGGCCAGCACCAAGCGGUUUACCGUCACGCCUGCCCGCGAAGAGGAGCAGCUGCCUUAAAUCCAUAAAUUAGGUUCCAAACAUCUCGAUUAAGUGUCUAUCUGUGUAAUGUGUAAAUUUCUGUGCAACAAUUUCCAAUAACAAUAAUUACAAGUCCA